UCAACCAGCCAGCAUUUCAUGUAAUAACCAUUAACCAUCAGUCCAUCACCCCAAAUCCAAUCGGAUAAACGGGCCGUCAAAUUACCAAAAUUUCGUGAAAAAUAAUAUUUGUGGCGCUAAACGUUAAAGUGUUGUUUAAAUAAGAAACUUCCCUAACAAGCUUUCCGGAAUUCUGACAGCCAUCACCGGCGAACAGUCUAUUCUAUAACCUCUCGCUGUCACUGGCUUACCCACCUUCAUCCCCAGGCUUGUUCUACGGCGACGGACUUGAACGCGGCAACGGCACGCGGCGCCUGAUCCGGCGAAAUGCGUCCACUAAACCCCUCUCCUUCUCCUCCUCCCUCCUUCUCAUCCCUUGCUUCUGAUGAAACUCGCCUUCUCAACGAUGAAAUCUUUGAGCAGCUGCAUAGUUGCAUUAAGCUCGCCAAUGAAAAUAAAAUCAAUCACAAGAAUGCGUGGGGUCUGAAGUUGAUCGAUCAUCUGAUGGAGAUCGUGAAAGCUGAAGCAGAUGGUGGUGCGGAGACAAAUUUCCGAACGGCAAGUUGCUCACUGGAAGCUGGGGUAAAAAUUUACUCUGUUAGGGUUGAUGCCCUGUACUCAGAAGCUUACAAUAUCCUUGGUGGGAUCAGUGUAGCUAGUCUAGGGUCUCAAGAAGAUAUUGCCACCUCAGAGAGUCACAAUGCCGGGAGUGAAGAGGGCAAGGAUAAUGUGGAAGAAAAGGUUGAGAAAAAGGUCUCUCCAUUGUCCACAAUAGAAUCCUCAACUGAAGCUCUUAACUGGAAUGGAGUUGACUCUGCAGCUGUUAUGGAUCCAUCAUAUUAUAGAACAUCUCUUACGAUGAGUCAAGGUGGAUCCGAGAGUCUCCUACUGAAUAAUGUGGGGGUUUAUGGAGGAUGUAGGCUUCUUUUUGAUUACUUUGAAGUGCCAGGAAGAAACAUGUCCUGUAUGCCUCAAUCUGACAUGUCAGAUGUUAUUGACAUAUCAUUUGCUAAAGAUUCUAUUGAGCAGAUGGUGAUUAACUUGCCAAGGAAGAUGGAGAUUUCCCCCACCCUAAGAGAGAUAGUUUCCUUGCUCAAUGAAAGUAGACAAAUGCCAUUUGAAAGAUCCAAUGUAACCGAUGGAUUUUGCAAUAUGGAUGACGAUAUAGUUCAUGAUGAAGAAUUUCAAUCAGAUACUCAUUCACUUGGGAACAGUGAGACCACUUUUCAAGAGAAUGACUACUACGAUGCAUCGUUUGAAUCGGAUGUCAGUACAAGUUAUGAGAGAGUGGCCAUGUUUCUGUUUCGAAGUUUGGAUAUAACUGGAAAACAGAACUCAUGGGCGGGUCCUGAUUACUGGAAAUUUUUGAAGCCGAAGGUUCAAAAACCUGUUCAAACUGCAAACGAUGGAUUUGCAUGCUCUUCCAGCAGGAGAAGGAAGAGAAGUGUUGACUGUAAUGAUAUUGACUUCACUAAGUCCUUGGACUUUGAGGCUGAUAUCUUUGCUCCCCCAGCAAAUCCAUUGUCUUUCCUUCUGCCAGCAGAUCGAGUACAGUCGAGCCAUUCUCUUCCAGAAGACUGCCAUUAUCAGCCUAUGGAUCUGGCGAAGCUUUUUCUUCGUCAUGACCUUCUGUUUCUGGGUAGGAGAAGAAGUGCCACACUCUCAGAUAGUACAUCUGAAUUUCAUGAUCCUGAUGAAGCAUCACCGUCAAGCGACUGUGUCAAUCCUUGUGAUCUCAGUGGCCAACAUGGUGACAAUUACUUUCAUGAAGCUAUAGGAGCAGAAGAACCUUUUUAUCAGAACGGACAGGUCAACAAAAUGGAGGGUCGACAUGGAAAGGCUAGUAAGCCAGUUGAUCUACGUGCAUUGAAGCAAACCCUGUGGGAACACUUACAAGAACAGUCUGGUAGCUUUCCUGCAACGACAAGCAAUGAAUGGAGUGCUCCAAUAUCCUUCAAACAACUCUUGGCUACAUGUCCCCUAGGAUCCCCACAAAACGAUAUCUCACCCCAGUUGUGCUUUAUCUGCCUCCUGCAUUUGGGAAAUGAGGUUGGAUUGAAGAUCCUAGGCUGCCCAAGUUUAGACGAGGUCAUCCUACAUCUUCCUCUCCGUCCUCCAUGACAGUAGCUUUUCGUUCAUCCCCGGUCUUGAUGAUCACUCAGUAACUGUAACUAUUCAUCAAAAUAGAGAACAUGAACGACCCUCUUUUGCUGCAGCACAGAACUGAAGCUGUUGUGCAGGGAUUAGUAAAAGAUAUGUGUUUUGUGCUUUAAUUAAAUCAGCAAAGCUUU